AUGCCAUCCAGGCGAAAAACCUUGAUGUUUGCCUCUGCUUUUUUCACCAGCCUAUGCUCUUUUGUUAUUGUUUGCAUUGUGCUGGCAACUAAAAACUGGGUGUCAAGUGACCUUACCAAUUCCAACAUGAGGCUAAUAAUUACAUAUGGACUUUUCCAAGGAGUUUGCUCAGACGUAUCCCCUGGAAUUAGUUCACCUCACACCAAUUUUCAAGUUGCAGGUACUCUACAAGAUAAUACUUUGAAGAUUUUCCAUGGUGUAAUUAUAUUUCUGCUGGUUGUUACUAUGCUCAGUUCCUUCCUUAGUUCUGGAUUUACCUGUUAUAAUGCCAUCAGCAACCCAUACCAAACAUUUCUGGGGCCUACUGGAGUUUAUACUUGGAAUUCUAUGUCUUGUAUCUGCUGUCUCUUAAACCUAAUAUUGUUUUCAGUGAAUGUAGAAGUAAACAAACUGUCCGCUGAGCUGGCCAUCACACAUUGCAUAGCUUUCACAAGCUUUGAACAAAGCAACUCCUAUGGAUAUUCAUACUGGAUUAUGCUUCUUAUAAUUGCCCUCAAUGCUACAACUGUUAUCAUCAUUGUGUUCUACCAACGGGCAAAGUAUUCUAAGAAGAAGGAACGAGAGAGACCUUUGGACAGUGCACCCAAGGAUGGGAUUUUAUUUUAAUGUGAUUAUUUGUUAUGCUUUAAGAUAAACUGAACAAUCUUCAUUUCAAGAUAAAGUAUGGAAUUUACGGUCACUUGAGGUUCAUUGACUUACAUAGUAUCAUGGGGU